AUGUGGCUGCGGCGGGCAGGGGGCCGCGGGGGGCCGGCGGCCGUCCCGCCGCUCCUGCUGCUUUUCCUGCUGCUUCAGGUGCCCGCGGCGCGGCCCGGCCGCCUCUACUCGGCCGCUGACCCCCUGGAGCUGCUGGGGCCGGGGGCGGAGGGGCGGCUGCUGGGCUCCAGCAGCGCCUGGGCCGUCGAGUUCUUCGCCUCCUGGUGCGGGCACUGCAUCCACUUCGCGCCCACAUGGCGGGCCCUGGCUCGCGACAUCCGCGAGUGGAGACCUGCAGUGAUCCUGGCGGCCAUCGACUGUGCCGACGAGGACAACCAGGAAGUGUGCUCUGAUUUUGGGAUAACCGGCUUCCCCACCAUGAAGUUCUUCAGAGCUUUUAGCAAGAAGCCAGAGGAUGGGAUAAGGAUUACCAAUCCCAGUGCCACUGUUGAGGACCUGCGCCACGCCAUCAUCACCAACCUUGAGCAGAGCCAGGAUGCCUGGCCACCCGCUUGUCCUCCGCUGGAGCCAGCAAGCGCCGAGGAGGUUCGCACCUUCUUCCAGAGGAACAAGGAUCAGUACUUGGCACUCAUCUUCGAGAAGAGCAACUCCUUUGUGGGCAGAGAGGUGGCCCUGGACAUGCUGCAGUACGAGAACAUUGCAGUGAGGAGGGUGCUGAGCAGCGAGAAGGAGCUCGUGGAGAAGUUUAGCGUCACCUCCUUCCCCUCUGGAUACCUGCUCCUCCGCAAUGGCUCCUUCUUCCGCCUGCCUGUGCACAUAGAGGCACGUUCCUUCUACACCUACUACCUGCGCACUCUCACGGGCAUCACCCGCGGCUCCUACAAGCUGAACGCCACGGCCAGCAGCUCCAACGAGACCGACCGCGUGUCACACCCGCUGCGAGCCGACCGCUCCAAGCUGUACGUGGCCGACCUGGAGUCCGCGCUGCACUACUCGCUGCGGGUGGAGGCUGCCCGUGCCUCCUCGCUGUCGGGAGCACAGCUGGCCGCCUUCAAGUGCUACGUGGCCACGCUGGUGAAGUAUUUCCCAGGGCGCCCCUGCGUGCAGACCUACCUGCAGACCCUGGAUGCCUGGCUGAGGAACUGGACAGAGCCUGAGCUGCCCCGCACAGUUUUGAAGGAGGCCAUGAAGAAUAACAGAGAUGCCUCCCACCCUUCCGUGCUCCCCACCAACGUGACCUGGGUGGGCUGCCAGGGCAGUGAACGCCACUUCCGUGGCUAUCCCUGUGGGCUCUGGACCAUCUUCCACCUGCUGACUGUCCAGGCUGCCCAGAACGGUCCUGACAAAGAGUUACCCCUGGAGGUGCUGAGCACCAUGCGCUGCUACGUCCGGCACUUCUUCGGCUGCCAGGAGUGCGCCGAGCACUUUGAGGCCAUGGCAGCCAAGUCCAUGGACAGGGUGGCGAGCAGGGAGGAGGCCGUCCUCUGGCUCUGGUCCCACCACAAUGAGGUCAACGCUCGCCUGGCUGGAGGUGACACGGAGGACCCCAAGUUCCCCAAGCUGCAGUGGCCUCCGCCAGACUUGUGUCCCCAGUGCCACAAGGAGGAGCAGGGGGUCCAUGCCUGGGAGGAGCCGGCCGUGGUCACGUUCCUCAAGGCACACUUCUCCCCGGCCAACAUCUACAUGGACUAUGCCGAGCCCGACCCCGUCCCCGUGGCCAGGGAAGAGACCAGCGCCAGGCUGGGCAUGGAGGGCCCACGAGAUGAGAGGGGGAGAGGAGAAGAGGAGGAAAAAGAGACGGAGGGAGAGGCGAGAGUCCCGGGGCGCCCAGGCUCCCCUGAGCCACGGCGCCCCAGCAUUGUGCGGCUGAGCCCCAAGUUGCGGGAGGGGGGCGAGGACAUCGUGGACCUGGAUUCCUUCAGCGAGCAGCACUUCAAGAGCCAGGCGCUGCGAGCAGCUGCGGGCCGGCGCCGGCGCAUCAGCAAGCGGGACACCAUCGCCCUGGCCCGAGAUGGGGCGGCGGCCAGGGAGCGCCGGCGGGGCCCCGGCGUCCUGCUGCGGGAGGAAGAGGAGGAGGAGGAUGCCGGGGAGGGUCUGCGGAGGAGCCCCUGGCUGCGGGUGCUUGGUUUGGGCUUCUCCCGCCUGGACAUCAGCCUCUGCGUAGCCCUCUACUUCCUCUCCUCCAUGUGCCUCCUGGGCAUGUACACCUUCUUCCGCCUCCGCACCCGCGCCCGGAAAGGCCGCCCUGGCUUCCCCAUGGCCUGA